AUGGCCGCUACCCCAUCCAAGUGUUUUUCGUGUUACGUUACACAAUUAGAAGCGUUAGCUAACGCAUUUGGAUUUGAAAUUCGACCAAUCAUUCCGACGGUAAUGAAUCUUCCAUCUGAGUAUUAUGUUUUCUUCUUACGACUUGAUCUCACUUGCUCGGAACUGCUGGAAGCACGUCCUUGGGAAAACUUGCCAGAGAUUGAUCACAUGCCAUGUAAAACCACCGUUCUUGCUGUGAAAGAAGUUGUCGGCAAAGUUUUGGGAGUUGGAAUGGAGUUGAAAACAAAGGAGGGCACAAAGAAAAUGAUAAACUUCAUGCGACAUAUUGUCAACCUUAUUGCUUUCUUGGAAACUAUAGAUGGCACUGUUUAA